AUGGCGUACUUCAAUCCUAGUUUCGCUUCUCCGCUGUCACGAUUCGGGAAGUUCUUGACUCAAACUCUGAAGGACGUUUUGUUGACCGAUCCCUCAACUGAUAACACAGAAGAUAACUAUUUUGUGAUUCUGAUUGCGGUGGGUAAGAAAAGCAGCAGUGAUAUUUUGUAUGUGAACGUCUAUACUAUUGAUGCAGAAUAG